GUGAAAUUGAGUUCUUAUAUAAUAUAUUAAAGGGUUCAAGCCUAAAAAUAGCAAAAAUAUAGAAAUUACUUGCCAAAACCGUGCAAAACUUAAAUAGGUAGAGCCUGUUUUCGAUCACACUCGGAUCAUAAUGAAAACGCUAUUGCAAAAAUCCAAAAUGACGGUGUCCCAAAAGUGAGGUUAGAUUAACUAUCUUUGGUGUUUUGUAUGGUAUUUACAAAGAAUUUUAUUUAAAUCUGUGAACAGAACAAAAAUUGCAAUUUAUUAAUUAAUAAAUAGAUAUUUUGAUUCACAUUCAAAAUGCUUAAUGAGAUAUUGAUAAGUGACGACGAUGAACCUGUACCCCCUAGAAAAAAUAUUAAAACCAGGGGCAAAACAGUGAAGUACAAACCACAAACGAGUACUUCUGAUAAUGGAGUACUCUUGGAAAUUGUUACUGAUAAAGAAGAGACAGAAAACUUUUUGGGAGAAAUUUCACUUUUAACAAGUGAUGAAGAAGGCGAACCUAGUGUGCAGAAGCAAAAGAAAAAGAAAUCAAAUAAAAAAAUCCUUUCUUUUGAACUUUUCACAAGUGAUGAAGAUGAUGCAUUCAAAACUGCUCCAAAAGCUGCAAAGAAACGCAAACUGGCUAAUCACAAUGAGGCAACAGAGCCAAAAAAAUCAAAACCAAAACAAGCAAAAGCUACUAAAAAGAAAGAAGCCCCAGAAGAAGUUGAGCAUUUAGAAACGUCCAAUAACAGCCUAAAUGUUUCAAUAGAAAAUAGCAGUCCAAUGUGGGACGAAUCCAUGCUAUUGGCUGAAAAAAGUUUUAUUGAUGAAGAUGUUGCCAAAAAUUUAAUUAAACUAUGGGAAGAAGGAAAUACUAUACCUUUUAUUGCAAGGUAUAGGAAAAAUGUAAUAAAAGACAUGACACCCGAAGAUCUGAGAACAGUCAAAGAAAAUUACAGCGAAAUUUGCGUUUUAAAAAAGAAAAUGAUCACAGUGGCCAAAGCUGUCACUUCUUUAGGUAAACUAGACAAUAAACUACAAGGAAACAUUUUUACUGCCAGGACUGUGGAAGAGUUAGAUCAUAUUUAUGCCCCAUUCAAAACCGCCGACUCUAAGAUUUCGCUAGCAGAAAGAGCCAGGAAAUGUGGUUUAGCUGAACCAGCGGUGCAUUUAUUGAAUAAUACCAGUAUGGUUAAUGUGGCAGAAUAUGUGAAUCCUGAUGUAACAUAUUUGAAAUCCCCUACUGAUGUUGAAAAAGGUUUGAUGCAUUUGAUGGCGUCUGAAAUGGCAAGAGAUCCGGAAAUUUUGAAAGAAUUAAGAGAUUUACGUGCUAAAACAUAUUUCAAACUAUCAACCAAAAAGGCUAAAGUCGUACAAAAGAAAGAAACGAAAACUAUUAAAUCUCAAAAGGACGAAACCAAAUUUGAAAAUUACUACGAUUUCAGCAUAACAACUUGUAAUUUAAAGGCGCAUCAAAUUCUUGCAAUAAACAGAGGAGAAGCCCAAAAACUGUUAUCCGUAAAAAUAGAAAUUCCAGAAUUUGUAGAAAAACAAUUCAAAUAUUUCUGCAAUAAGAAGUGGACAUUCAAAAGCCAAUACGAUACACAAAGACAAGAGUUAAUAGGUGCAGCCAUUAAUGAUGCCUAUCAAAGAUUAAUUUCUCCUCUUAUUACCCGUGAAAUUCGUGCCGAUCUCAAACUAAAAGCUGUAAAGGAAUCUUGCAAAAUAUUCAGCGACAAUUUAAAACACAUGCUACUUUUGCCUCCUGUAAAAGGCAAAGCCAUAUUAGGAAUCGAUCCUGGAUAUUCAAACGGCUGUAAACUAGCCCUUAUUUCACCAACAGGCACAUUAUUGGCCCAAUCCGUAGUUUAUCCUCAUACAAGCAAAAACCAGUUUAGAGGCGAAAAUGUAAUAAAAGACAUGUUAGUUCAAAACAAUUGUAAUCUUAUUGUAAUUGGCAAUGGAACUGCCUGUCGGCAAACAGAAGAGUGGAUUUCAGGACUAAUUAAAACUAAAUAUUUUGGCAAUAUAAACGUACAAUACUCCAUUGUAAACGAAGACGGUGCCUCAAUUUACAGUUGCAGUCCUGAAGCUAAAAAAGAGUUUGGAAUGUUGGAUCCCAAUAUUAUCAGCGCAGUUUCUCUGGCAAGAAGAAUCCAAGAUCCUAUGGCUGAAUUGGUAAAAGUUGAACCGUGUCAUUUAGGUAUUGGGAUGUAUCAGUUGGACAUUAAAAAGAAGGAGUUAGAGGAGGCCCUGAGCGAAGUUGUAUCGGAAUGUGUCAGUUUUGUGGGUGUGGAUUUGAAUACGGUUUCACAAUGUUUAUUAAGACGAGUAGCAGGCUUAUCGGAUAAAAGAGCCACUCAAAUAAUCGACUAUAGAGAAAGGAACGGGCCUUUUAUCAACAGAAAGCAACUGCUCAACAUUUACGGCAUUGGAGACCGAACUUAUGAGCAGUGCAUCGGAUUUUUGCGAGUUUGUCCCACAAAUCCCUACGACAAGAAUUUUUAUACCAAAAAGGAAACAACUGUUUUAGAUGCUACAAUCAUCCAUCCAGAAUCUUAUUCUAUAGUUAGACAAUUACUAGGUAAACUUAAACUGCAAGAAAAAGACAUUGGCACUGAAUCGUUCAUUAGAAACUUCAAAUUCCGAUCUCAAGACUGCAAUAUUGAUGAAUUAGCCAAUUCAUUUAAAACUGACAAACCCACUAUGAAACUUAUUAUUGACGCCUUAAGUAAGCCCCUAAAUCACGACUUGAGAACCGAAAUAAGUCAAACGCCUCUAUUUAAGACAGGCAUUACGACUAUGGAAGAUUUAGAAAUAGGAGCUUUGUUAACCGGCCGAGUCAAAAAUGUCACUUCGUUUGGGGCUUUUGUAGAUUGUGGGGUGGAAAGGGACGGGUUGAUACAUGUGAAAGCUAUGAGAGGGUUGGUUUUGCAUUUGGGGGAUGUUGUAGAAGUUAGAGUGAGGCAAGUGGAUUUGAGUAAGGGGCAUAUACAAUUGGACGCUGUAAGAAAAAUGAAUUGAAUGAUUAUUAUUAUUAUUAAUUUAUAGGAAUAAACUUUAGUUUUUUUUUUUGCGCUUGAAUUUUGUAAUAGCUUUAGGAGAGAUGUAGCUAUUGAUUUUUCGAUACUAGUUGGUAAUAACUUAAAGACUAUUUUUGAAGUUACAAUGAUUACAAAUUAAUUCAAUUUUGGAAUAAAUUAGAAAGGAAAUGAAUUCUGAGUUGCUUACAUAAAGCUAUUAUCUCAAAUUUGUUUUUAAUAAAAGGCUGUUUUUAUAAAUGUUUGUGCAAUUUUUUCACUCCCAUACUGUUACACAGAUAGGUAAUGAAAAUUAGUUUUAACAAGGUUUUAACUGUAUGAAGAGAAAAUAUGAGAUUGCACUUGCAAAUAUUAACAUACAAAUGUUACAAGCGAAACACAUUUAUUUAUUAAAAAAUUCUUCAACAAAUCACAUAAUCUACUGACAGAUAUAGUAUUGCAUUUCAGUGCAUUCUUUUGCCUCCCACUCGUAAGGAUCAAUAUUUCCGUAGUCCCUUCCCAAGAGCAAACAAAAGUCGGCUGCGAAUGUAGAAUUCGGUUCGUUGGUGGCCCACUUUGAAUAUGUUAUAUAUUCUUGGGUGUCCAUCCACAACCAGGCUCCGUUGGUCGUUUUGACACCGCCUAACCAGUAAGUGUCUGAAAAUUUAUUGUCCCGAUUUCAAGUGUUGAACUAAACUAUCAUAGGAAGUUUGGUCUUGUAGGUUGAUCAAACUUUUGUUCAUUAUCUUACAUUCGGUCCAGGCUUGGAGGAAAGUUAACUAGAACGAUUUAAAUUUUAUUUUGAUUAGUAUAGAAUAUUAAAUACCUACUUACUUUGGAUUCUGAAAUAUAAUAUUCAUGUACACUGUUAUCUAAAGAAGCCGCUUUGGACAUUAGAAAAAUUGCCAUCAAGGCAAUGAAAAAAGAAGACAAUUUCAUCAUCGUGAAAUAAAUAAUAGUUUCACUGCAUGUUGCUCCAAUAUUUAUAAAGUAGGUAAUUUUUAUCUUCAAGUGCCAAUAAUAGUCAUUCAACUUUUUUUUUCCUUCCUCUUGAGUGUUUUCCAAGAUUCACUUAAAUUUUUUGAUACACUUCCUAGCAACAAUUAUACUUUGAAGUGAUUGACUAACAAACCUUCGGAUUAUUUUAUUACCACUUGAGAGAUUACAUUAUUUUAUGCAGUUGCUGAAAAUCAGAUAAUAUAACUAUAUUUGAGUCAAAAAAAAAAAAAAAAUACCAAUUUUAAUAUCAAAAACCUUGUUAUUCAGUUUGUAGUUAGAAGAAAAAAAAAGUAGUUUAAUGCCUAAAAUUAUUAUGCUAAAGAAAUAACCAUUUAUUACAUAAUAUUGUAUUGACUGAAUUCCUUUUUGAUUAUUUUUAAUUAUUUACAAACAGUUUUUUAGUUUAAACAUAAUCUACCCAUACAAUAAAUUAAAAAAAAAGGUUUAGCUAAUAUUAGUCCAGGUCUGUACUUUGUAAGAUUUGUCUCGACGUUGAUGCCCUACUUUGGCUUGGUUGUGGUGUUUCUUCGUCGCUAUCAUCAUCUAAACCUCCUAAAAAUGUCACUUGAAAUUGUGUGUAUAUUUUUUCAUAUUUUUUACCUAAAAAAUUCUCUAAAAGAUUCCCAAACAAUCCACCAGAAUUCUUCUUUUCAGGCGGCUUCACUCCAAAAAAUAUUUGAGCUAUUUUAUCCAAAUAUUGAAUGUAACACGGAUCCCUUUUUAUUGACAUUUGAUAUUGUUCACAUAGGACGGCAAAAGUUUGCAAUUUCUUACUAGAAAAUUACAUAUGAUGAACAAAAAACUAAUUAUUAUUAUUAUAAAAUCCCUUACGUUUCUACAGCCUGCAACAAAAACCAAAGAAAAUUCAACAGAGGCAACAAAAAUGGCGGUCGAUUCUUCUUAAUUUUGGGAUGAUUUUCUGUGUAAGUGGUAAAAGUUUGAUUGGCCGUCAUCCGAUUGCUCAUACACAAAAAUUGUAACACGGCUUGGGCUAUAAACAGAUCCACUUCGCUUUUGAAGCCUUUGGUCAUUUGAAACUCUAUUAGUAACUUUGCGCAACCUUUACCAUCAUGUGAACGGAUGUAGUGGUGUCUAGCUUGGAUGUAGUUUAGUUCUUGCCAAUAGAUUUUAGCUAU